AUGAGCUCCGUCGCUUCUUGCGUUGGUGGCUUCGUGGAUUCCGCGUGCGAUGGCAUGACCUUGUCGCGCUGCAGGCUUUCGCCGCGUCCGGGGCUGGAGGACGGCUAUGACCUUGGCUCGACAUACCAACGACCCCAAGAGUGGCUCGUGGGAUGUCGCGUUCCAGCACCACCUGGCCUGGAGGACGUCUGCGGUGUGCCGCCGAUGCUUUGCGGAAGCAGAGGCAGCUUCGGUCAUCCUGAACUCUGUGACCGCCCUUGCGUGUACAUGUUCAAAGGUGCAGGGUGCCCUUCCGGUAUGUUGUGUGGCUUCUGCCACCUACCUCAUCGUUUGGGGCGCAUCAAGCUGGACAAAAUUCGCCGCGGCACGCUCAGCCAGAUGAGCGACCAGCAGCGUCUCCUCAUCUUCCUGCCGCUGGUUCGACAGAGGGCUUCAGAUAUGGGGCUUCUUCCCGCGGUCGCGAAGAUUGUGGAAUUGCUCGAGGCCGAGGUGGUGGAUCCGCAGGUGACGCCCAGCGUUUCAAGGCCGAUGCGUCAGCUCGAGAAGUUCGCGGCACACAUGUCCCUGAUGCAACUCAUUGGCUGCUGCAUGCACGAGAUUCCCGACACCGUGCAGAUUGCUUUGACUCAGGUGAGAUCCCAACUAGCCCCUCCUCAAGUUGUGGCCGGCCAUCGAGGGCCGUCGGUGCUGCUGUAA